CAGAACUGUAUUUGUCGUGGGUUUGUGUCUGUGCUGAAAAUUCACAGAACUUGGAUCUAAUGUUAUUGUUCUGUGUUUACAGCCUGGCUUUAUAGUCCACAUGUAUACAGGUAUUUAAGUAUUUCCUGCUUGGUCGAGAGACAGACAGACGGAGAGAGAGAGAGAGAGAGAGAGAGAGAAUAUGUUUGUAGAGCUGAACAGCAUCCUCAACACCAGCCCUGAUGACGUCACACAGAGAGAAUUUAUCCUGCUGUCAGACAGGAAGGCAGAUGCGUCUUUCCUCAUCCAUCACUACCUCAGCUUUUAUCUGAAGGCUGGCUGUAAAGUGUGUUUUGUGGGCCUGGUGCAGUCGCUCAGUCACUACAGCGCCGUGGCUCAGAGGCUGGGAGUGAAUCUGGUGCAGGCGAGAGAGAAAGGUCAGCUGGUGUUUGUAGAAGCUCUGAAGGCCUCGGCUGCGGUGAUGCUCGACCAGACCGGCGGUGAUGUAGCGCAGAUGUUCGAUUAUCUCAGAUCCCCGGUCCCGGAGCUCAGAGCUCUGUUUGAGUUUGUGCGUGCCUCUCUGAGUCAGGCCGAGGCCGAGGCGGACUCGAACUCUCCCCCGGUGCUGAUCGUGGAUGAUAUCAGUGUGCUGCUGAGUUUGGGCGUCAGCGUCAGAGCUGUUCUGGACUUCACACACUACUGUCAGGCCACCAUCUGCUCCCAGCUCCAGGGCUCUGUUGUAACUCUGGUACGAUGUGACGAUGACGAUGAUGAUGAUGAUGAUGAUGAUGAUGAUGAGAGCUCCAGCCAUCUCCUGCGGGCUCUGAGUCAUCAGUGCACCCUGUCUCUGCGUGUGGAGGGGCUUCAGACCGGUUACUGCAGGGACAUCCACGGCCAGGUGGAGAUUUGGUGGAGAGGAACAGGAGAGAACGUGCAGAGCCAGAGAAAGAUCUUUCAGUACAAAGUUUAUGAUAAAAGCGUGUCCUUCUUUGCACCGGGAACCUCGAGUGCCGUGCUUUAACAGCUCACCAUGAAGACUGAUAAAGAUGAUGAUGAUGAUGAUGAUGAUGAUGAUGGAGGACUCGUUGUGUUACUCGGACUCAUUGUGUUACUCGAACUCUGAUGGCUCUCAAACUUCUUUAGGCUUUUCAUAUAAAUAUAUUUUCCUUCAUAAUUUUCAAAGAUAUCUUGAUGUCUUUAUAUUUCUUAAACAAAUCUCUACGCUCAUCCAUUGAACAGAAUUAUUGGAGGACGUGUGAUAAAUUUUAUUGUAAAAUAGAAGGUGAAUCUGGUGAAUUCCUUUUGAAUCAGUUCAUUUAUACUGAAUUAAAAGAACAGCCAAGGAUUAUGGAAAAUGAUGAUUCAAUGUAAAAAAAAAAGAAAAAAGUCAACUGUUGCUGAUGAAACAGUUCUUUUCAUUGAAUCAGAUCACUAGGCUCAGCUCAUUUAAAAGAGUCGACUCUGAGUCAAAUUAUAUAUCAUUUUAUCGAAAAGAGCAAACUCGCUAAAGUGAAUCAUAUUCACUUUUUCAGUGAAUCAUAUCACUUGGCUCAGCUGGUCGGUACGAGUCGACUCUGAAUUGCAUGAUCUGAUUCACUUAAAUGAGUACUGUCACCAAAGAAAUAGAUUCCUUUUUUCAGUGAAUCAGAUCAUUCGGCUCAACACAUCGUUACGAAACCACUCAAAUGAGUUGAAUGAUUUGAUUCACUGUAAAUGGGGCGACUGAAUCAUCGACUCUGAGUGGAAUGAUCCCAUUCACUCUAAAGCGCCAACUGUUUCUUUAGCGAGUUUUGCGCUUUCAGUAAACAAUUUGACUCAGGGUCGACUCUUUUUAAUAAGCUGAGCCAAGUGAUCUGAUUCGGUUUCCUCUUUUCAGUUAAUCAGAUCAUUC